AUGUUGGCACUUACUUUGACUGCCGAGCUCAACGGCGUAACAGAUCUCGCCCCCAUCGAUACCGAAGACAGCCCUUUCUACUACACAUUCAAGGUGCAAUGUACUUCGUGUCGUGAGGUCCACCCCAACUGGGUCAGCGUGAGCAGAUUCGAACAAAACGAGAGAGAACACUCUGCAACCAUUAAGGAGGCACCCAAGGCCUACACCCACAGCGACACACCCAAGGCCCAGAAAAUUAUCGAAUUCGACUGCAGAGGUCUCGAGUUCGUUGAAUUCAAGCCAGACGGAGAAUGGAAAGCUACCGGCAUCGAAUCAAACACAAAGUUCGACGCCAUUGACCUGACAGAAGGUGAUUGGUACGACUACGACGAGAAAGCCGGCGAGGAGGUCAGCAUCCAAGGCCAGAAAUGGGAGAUCAAGCGCUCAUAG